CCCUGCUAUUUUCCCGCCAUUUCAGCCAAGCUGCUACGUUUAGCGAAUGUAAAUUAGGUUUUCGAGAGGGAAAGGGAACGCAUCGUCCAAGAUGGCCUCCUCUAACGAAGACGAGGAUACAAUAACCAAAGAACGAUUUGACAAUGUCUGUUCGGAACUUAACAUGGAUGAAGAAACGGCCGAGUCGGCAUGGAGUUCGUACGAAACUAUACGCACAAACUAUACAUUGGAGGGAGAUAGUCUACACUGGCUGGCUUGUGCUUUAUACGUUGCUUGUAGACGCAGUGUAGUUCCAACCGUCGACAGCUCUGGAACGGUGGAAGGGAACUGCGUUUCCUUGACUCGCUUGCUUCGCGCCUCUAAACUAAGCUUAAUUCAGUUUUUCAGCAAGAUGAAGAAAUGGCUCGAUAUGUCGAACGCUUCGAGUGAGUUCAGGAAGAAAAUUGAACAUCUUGAGAGAAACUUUCAAGUUUCGACUGUCAUUUUCAAUAAAUACAGACCAAUCUUUUUGGACUUGUUCAAGAAUCCCAGUGAAGACACACCAAAAGCCCAAAGAAGUCGAAAAUCGAGAAAGCAGCCCUGUUCUAUCUCAGAUGUAUUCUCCUUUUGUUGGACACUCUACGUGGAAGCGAAAGGGAACUUCCCAGCUAUCAGUGAUGACCUGGUCAACUCAUAUCACCUACUGCUAUGUUGCCUAGACCUAAUGUAUAGCAAUGCCCUGGCUGCCCGACAUCGCAGGGACCUGAUUAAUACUGAGUUUGAAGGUCUACCUAGUGAUUUCAACACAAGAGAUGUGCGAGGUCCUUCUGACGCUCCCUGUAUUGUUGAUGUGCUUUGUACCAAAUAUCAAGGCAUCGUACUUGAAGCAAAAAGCAUCAAAGAGCACUACUGGAAGCCUUUUGUGCAGAAGCUGUUUGAGAAACGAGUACUAAGAGGCCAUGAAGAGAGCCUCUCUGGGAUUCUUGACCUUGGCAAUUUUGAGGCAAACUGGAAAGCCAUUAACAAGGAGUAUGAGGAGUAUGUCUUAUCAGCGGGAGAUUUUGAUGAACGGAUAUUCCUGGGAGAAGAAGCACACAUUGAGAUCGGUACUCCAGCAAAACUAUUUGGUUCUUCAGAAGUUGAUGAGUGUCAGAACAGGUCUGGACUGAAGAAAAAUCUACAAGAACACUUUUCAAAGACGAGAAGUUUAGCUCCUCAGACACCGCUGACAGGGCGUCGCUACUUAAAAGAGAAGGACCCAUGUAUCACCCCUGUAUCGACGGCCACUCAGUCUGUUAGUCGUUUGCAGGCCAUGUGCUCUGGCCUCAAGCCAACUCCCAGCGAGAGACUGCUUACAAUAUUCAAGGAAUGUAGUAGAGAUCCUCUACAGUCUAUAAUUGACCGUGUUGAGAAUCUUGGUGAAAUAUUUCUUAAAGAAUAUGUUCAGCCUUCAGCUGAAAGACCCAACUCCCCAUGUUCAACCCGAGAGUUUGCUUUGCGACGUCUUAAGCUUGCAGAAAUACUCUACUACAAGGUUUUGGAGAACAUUACUUUAUCAGAGAAAAGGAGAUUGCAAGGUCAUCUUGACUUGACUACCCUUCUUGAGCAAGAUGUCUUCCAUCGCUCGCUCCUUGCUUGUUGCCUGGAAAUUGUAAUCUUCUCCUACAACUCACAGAGAACUUUCCCAUGGGUCAUCAGCAUCUUGGGGCUGGCUCCUUAUUACUUCUAUAAGGUUAUUGAGAGCCUUAUCAAAGCAGAGGAUGGUCUAUCUCGCGAUGUGGUAAAGCAUCUGAAUCAUAUUGAAGAACAGGUCCUUGAAUCUUUAGCAUGGUCAGGGGACUCUCCCCUCUGGAUGACAAUAGAGCAGGCUGGGGGUGUACCCUCUUGUGAGGAUGUCACCAUCCCUAAUCAUGUUGAGGCAGCCCACCCUAAUCAGAACUUGUUGGCAUCUCCGAUUAUGCAUCCCCGACUGCAGAGAAUAUGUGGAGAGGAAGGAAUGCCAAGACGAAUAAUGUCACCAACAUCCCCAACAUUACAAGACCAUUUUGGAUCUCCUGGAGCUAGUGGAGCUCGUCGAAACUUGAUGGCAAACUUUGGAGGUGCUCCGGCCAGGACAGUUGCCAUGGCAACAGCAAGUAAUGGCCACUUUACGAGAUCAGCAGGGGCAGCUCAGGCAGCCUCUAAUUCUACGGCGUCAGUCAGCCAGGUGCAUCCUGGGACUACCCCAACACUACUGAUAACUCAGGCUCCAGCAAGUGGUGGCGGCUUUGUCGUCAAUGGCAUCGCUCAAGCAGUAGUCCUUCCCAGCUCAACAGCAACUACUGUGCAAGUCAGCCUCUCGCCACGUUCAGGCAGCACCCUGGCAACUAGUGUCAUCCCCCCAGGGUCCCCUGUUCGCAGCCCUGUGCGCCUCACCCCUCAGGCUGCAGUGGCUACAUCACACUCUGCAUCUACUACACCUGCUAAGCCAAAAAAGACAGGCUCCCUUGCACUCUUCUUUAGAAAGGUGUACCACAUGGCUAGUGUGCGACUGAGAGACCUUUGUGCCAGACUGGACGUCAAUGAGGAGCUGAGGGGAAAAAUGUGGACAUGCUUUGAGCAUUCACUUAUGCAUCUCCCGGAGAUAGCCAAGGAUCGUCAUCUUGAUCAGAUCCUCAUGUGCUGUGUGUAUGUUAUGGGAAAGGUCACCAACUCUGAAUUGUCAUUUCAAAACAUCAUGAAAUGUUACAGGACACAACCUCAGGCCGCAAGCCAUGUGUAUCGAAGCGUAAUGAUCAAGAACCGCAGGCGUGCACCCAUCCCCAACACUGGAAGUGAAUCCAGUAGGGGAGAUUCAGGAAGCACAAGAACAAGCCCCAUCCGGAGCACAAGCACAAUACCUUCCACACCCCCACCCCCUGGGGGAUCAAGCAGCACGGAAAAUAGCCCUGUAUUGGAGACAGAAAGAGGAGACCUCAUAGAGUUCUACAAUAAGGUUUUUAUCAAGACCAUCAAAAACUUUGCCUUAAAGUUUUCAUCUAGUGACAGAUCACUUGAGUCUCCACCUCUAUCGCCACUCCCCAUUGUAAGAAACCAAGGCCACUCACCCAGGCGGCAAGUUUCAGCCAGACAUCCGGUCUACAUCUCUCCGCACAAAAAUGGUGUACCAAUGACGCCAACCACUCGAAUGCUGUACUGCUUCAGCGAAAGUCCUGCUAAGAAUCUCCGGGACAUUAACCAUAUGCUGAGACAAGGCGAGAAUCGCAAGCGGGCUCUUCUCCAGGAUGAUAUAGGAGCCCCACAGGCCAAGCGAUCAACCAGCGAGGAGCACCUCCAGCGAAGGCUGACGAGCAUGAUCGAGGAGAGGCAAGCCAAUGCCUCCAGAUAGUCACAAAUAAUAAUAAUUAAAUUUCCACUAUUGUAGAUAAGAAAAUAUGUGCGAAAUGCGACCGAGCUCAGGGGAGAUUUAGGCACCCAAGUUAAUUCUUGGACUUAUGUAUUUUGGAUAGAAAAAAAAGAUACAGGAUGAGGAUGCAAUUUCGCGAAAAAAACUGCGACCAAAUAGCAUUUUUAUUAUACUGAUACAUAUUCCUAUGGCAAGAGGAAAGCUUGAUGUUAUUGAGAUGUUUUUAAUGCGUUUUUAGAAUAUUCCGAGAAGUCAUGGGGACUUCCUAGUGUCACAUAAGUUAUACUUCUAGGCGAGGCAACUAUUAAACUGUUGUGAUUUUGUGCGUGAGGGGCAAGGCUAAGAUGCCACAAGCUUAAAGAACCCUUCUCAUAAUAACUUUAUUGUCUACAAUAUUGGACAGAUAAUGUGAUGAAAUCUCGAACAUAAAACUUUAUUCACGAAAUGGAAUCGAAAAUGUCGCGAUAGCCUCCCCAAAUCAGCCAACCGAGAUGGAUACUUUCUCACACUUUAACAAAGUCAUGAGCGUCUCCCACUGUUAGGCCAGCUAAGCCCCUUCAGUAUGUUGACCACGGACCGUCUUGAUUUUCUCGCCUAGGGUGAUUUUUGGGAUUUGAUAUGUAAAGUGAUUAUAAUAGAAUACACCUGGUAUCGAGUUUUUAAUAGAUUUUAAGUAUUACUAUAUGAGUAGUUGAACCCUUGGUAAGCAGUGUGAAAAAGAAUAUGUAUUGCUUAUCAGGAAUAGACAGGAAGAUAGGGAGGCCUUUGUUUGGAAAUCACUCGCUAUUGUUUUUGUUUCCAAGGGAAAUUAUUUAAGACUGUUUCUUUUCAAAGAAACUUAACUCCAUACAUUGAAAAUAUGAGUCAAAAUUUUUUUUGUCAACUUAGUAGUAGUACUAUUGUCUUUUAGACUCCAACACAUUUUUGGAUAUCUGCUCAAUUGGCUCAUGAUAAAGCGCAUUUUAAAAUCUGGUGGAGAAACCGCAUAACUCGUAAGGAGCUCUUCUUGAUUUUCGUAUGUGUUUUAAGGACAACGAGAAUAUUUUAUGUAGGUACCGAAAAAUCAUCGUUUAAAAGCCUUUUUUAUAAAUCCGACUUCGACACAAUAAGCGGGAGAGUUGAUUCUAUUCUUGUAAAUUAUUAAGGUGUAAGAACAGCGUUCCCAAGGGUCCUUAAAAUAGAGAAAAGUAAUGGAUUUAUUAAUGGGAGUAUAAUGAGUUUUUCCAGGUAGUUCUAAAGGAAACUCGGGAAAUAGACUCAGUUGUGACAAUUGCGCAGCGUCUAGACAGAUCCAUACUAUUGCUUUAACCACCGCCGUGAAUUAUGAGUUUUAACACUGGAUAACGCUUGUGAAUAUGAAUGUGCGUAGUGUAAGUGUUAAUGCUUAAAUAAAACUAGUUAUAAUCA